CGCUUUCAGUGCUUGGAUUGGACACCGCCGAUGCAGGUGCAGCCAUGCCGAGUGGUGUCGCGGGGAAGUGGCACGAGGACCCCAUGCUAGUUGGAGCCGACAUGAAGUGUGAGGGGCUGAGGGCCAAGCUCGUUCAGCUAUCAGUUGUGCCAUCAGAUGCAUCAGUUCAAGUCCAUUUCAGAGCUGCUUUCUUCAGGCCUAAACCAAGGCACCGCACAUCGGAAAUGAAGACAAGGAAGCAUGGAUGGAAUGGUUCGGUUGGACAUUAUGGCUUCAAGAAUGCAAAUAAAACUGGGUAGUUGCCUGAGUUGCUACCUUGUAGGUCCUUCAAAGGGAACUACAAGGACCGACGAAAUGGAGUUCACAUGAUGUGCUACUGAUCCACCUGACCGCAAACUGAAGAGGCGAUAUGGAGCUGUCGAGCAACUUGUUUGGGUGGGCCGUUGAAUAGACUUAAAUCCGGUUGCGGAGAAAUAAUUUGCUGUGGGCACAGUUCUUCCAGAUUUCUUAAGAUAGGGCAUACAAAUCACAGAUAACAAUCGGUAUCUCGUCACACAAUCACUGAUAGAGCUGGUACUGACAAGUUGGACCCAAUAUGCAUGUGGUCCUCAUGACCCACGAGACAUGGCAGUAUGGCAGCACAUUGUGAUAUCCUAGCGAUCCAAAUGCUUCUACUAGUGGCUCCAACAAGUGCCAAACAGAUGGCCCCAGAGAAAAUCAAAUCAAAGUCACAGACAAACACACUGCUUCUCCUUGCAACACUGCAUGUUCCGAGCUCAUGGCAUUGUCUCUUGGCUGUCUGUGAAUCGUCUUCCCGUUGCCUGACCUAUAAAUCCAUCAGCUUAGCACCCAACACCUCAUCAGUCCAUCAGCAAGGCAUCUCUAGUCGCUGAACACCACCUGAUACAAACCGAAGUUCUCUGAAUUUUCAGCCAAAAAAGCAGGAGGAGCAACCAUGGUCAGUGCCAAGAGACUCGUUCAGAUGGCAAAGAAGUGGCAGAGAAUGGCUGCUCUGGCGAGGAAGCGGCUCACGUCGACGCCACGGAAAGAAGACGAAGGCUCGUGGGGCGCAUCGACGUCGUCGGUGGCUGGCAAGGGCCACUGCGUCGUGUACUCCUCCGACGGGAGGCGGUUCGAGGUCCCGCUGGCGUACCUCGGCACGGCGGUCUUCGGCGAGCUCCUGAGCAUGGCGCAGGAGGAGUUCGGGUUCGCCGGCGACGAUGGCAGGAUCUCGCUGCCCUGUGACGCUGCGGUGAUGGAGUACGUCAUGUGUUUGCUUAGAAGAGAGGCCUCUGAAGAGGUUCUGAGGGUGUUCUUGAGCUCCAUCGUCAGGCCUUGCCACCACACUGUCAGCGGCAUGGCGCCAUCGAUGGGGAUCAUGCACCAACCAGCUGUUUGUGUAUAGCUAUCAUUAAUCAGCUGCUGAUGGGUAGUAGGUUCUUGGGUUUAGACGGAUGUUAGAUUAUGGAAUUACAGGAAAUUGAACAAAGGAUUCUUCGUUUCAUACAUGUCCUUUUCUGAACUCGUCUCGUUGCAUGAACGACAUGGUAGAAAAGUAGAAAGAAGAAGAAGCCAUGACCUCAAGCUUUCUGCGAGAUGCAGCUGAAGGCACAUCAGAAUCGGCCGGUGGGCUCCUGUAGUCCUGUGACGUGGGCGGCCGGCGGUGGAAUUUCGGCGGCGGCGCGGGCAAGAGAGAGAAGAACCAAUCGCGAUCCAACUAGAGCCCAAUUUAACCGCACUCACGGCCCAGAUUGAAGAAAGGCCCAGACCGGUUUUAGGUCUUUCUCUGGGUGGGUGGGACCCGCGCGUAUUUAGACGUACCGUUGGGCCUGCGGUGGGUUUAUCCGCGGCUGCCGCUCGUUGCGGACGGAGACGCCUUCCGCCACCGCGGCGGCGUCGUGGAAGCCGGCCAGCGCCGUCGAGGCCCCCGCGCUACUUUAGUCGGAGUUUCCCAGUGUGCGGCGCGGCAGGGCAGCUCGUCAGCUCCGUGACAACUCCAAAUCGGAAUAGGUGCGUGCCCCAAAAAUUCUUAGUACUAAUAUAUAUUUACAGCA